UCCACCCUGGCGUGGCUCCAGGGUCACUUCCUGCCUGCCUGAGGGAAGAGUUUGUGAACAAGGACAGCAAUUGCAGACUGGUAACUUCAUUUGGUUCCAGUGUGACAUCCUGCCAAUUGGAGGAAGAAAUUAUGAGCAAAGACUGCCACUGCAGACAAGUGACAGCCAGAAGCCACAAGUUUUUGUAAAAACCACGUCUUCGCAAGAUCCAAGAUACAACAAUGGCAUUAUCCCUGGAAGAAUUUGUCAACUCCCUUGACCUCAGGACUCUCCCCAGGGUCCUAGAAAUCCAGUCAGGCAUCUAUUUUGAAGGCUCUAUUUAUGAAAUGUUUGGAAAUGAAUGCUGUUUAUCAACAGGAGAGGUGAUCAAAAUCACUGGUCUUAAAAUUAAGAAGAUCAUAGCUGAAAUUUGUGAGCAUGUUGAAGGCUGUGAGUCUCCACCACCCUUUGAACUGCCUAUGAAUUUCCCAGGUCUCUUUAAGAUUGUGGCUGAUAAAACUCCAUAUCUUACUAUGGAAGAAAUUACAAGAACCAUUCACAUUGGACCUAGUAGAUUAGGACAUCCUUGCUUCUAUCAUCAGAAGGAUGUGAAACUAGAGAGUCUCACCAUAAAGCAGGGUGAGCAAAUCAUGCUUAGCUCAGUUGAAGAAAUUGAUGGAGAAGUACUGGUGAACUGUGGAGUAGUACGGAAUCAUCAGAAUCACUCAUUUACUUUGCCUCUGGCACAAGAAGGAGAAUUCUAUGAGUGUGAAGAUGAACAUAUUUAUACCCUAAAAGAGAUUGUCGAAUGGAAGAUUCCCAAGAACAGAACACGAACUGUGAAACUUACAGAUUUUUCAAAUAAGUGGGACUCAACAAAUCCAUUCCCUAGAGACUUUUAUGGAACUCUGAUUCUCAAACCUAUUUAUGAAAUUCAAGGUGUGAUGAAAUUUCGAAAGGAUAUUGUCCGCAUUCUUCCUAGUUUAGAUGUUGAAGUCAAAGACAUUACUGAUUCUUAUGAUGCUAACUGGUUUCUUCAGCUAUUAUCUACAGAAGAUCUUUUGGAAAUGACCACUAAAGAGUUUCCUAUUGUGGCUGAAGUCAUAGAAGCACCUCAAGGAAAUCAGCUGCUCAGAAAUAUUUUACAGCCUGGGAAAACCAUUGUGAUCCACAAAAAGUAUCAGGCAUCAAGGAUCUUAGCUUCAGAAAUUAGGAGCAAUUUCCCUAAAAGACACUUCUUGAUCCCCACUAGCUACAAAGGCAAGUUCAAGCGGAGACCUCGGGAGUUCCCAACUGCCUAUGACCUGGAGAUAGCAAAGAGUGAAAAGGAGCCCCUCCACGUGGUGGCCACCAAAGCCUUUCAUCCCCUUCAUGAAGAGCUUUCCUCUGUAUCUGUUGGGGACCAGUUUCUAGUGCAUCACUCAGAGACUACUGAAGUCCUCUGUGAGGGAAUAAAAAAAGUGGUGAACGUUCUGGCCUGUGAAAAAAUCCUCAGAAAGUCCUAUGAGGCAGCACAGCUCCCUUUGUACAUGGAAGGAGGUUUUGUAGAGGUGAUUCAUGAUAAGAAACAGUACCAGAUUUCUGAGCUUUGUAAACAGUUCCGCUUGCCCUUCAAUGUGAAGGUGUCUGUGAGAGAUCUUUCCUUUGAAGAGGACAUUUUGGCUGCUACCCCAGGACUGCAGUUGGAGGAAGAUAUCACAGACUCUUACCUACUCAUAAGUGACUUUGCCAACCCCAGAGAAUGUUGGGAAAUUCCAAUUGGCCGCUUGAAUAUGACUGUUCAGCUAGUUAAUAAUUUUUCUAGGAAUACAGAAUCAUUUCUAGUCAGGACUCUGGUAGAAGAGAUUACAGAAGAACAAUACUACAUGAUGCGAAGAUAUGAAAGCUCUCCCUUGCAUCCUCCACCUCGCCCCCCCAAACAUCCCUCAGUGGAGGAAACAAAGUUAACCCUGCUCACCUUAACAGAAGAAAGGACAGCAGACCUGCUUAAGUCUCCCAAGGUAAAGCUAUGAUUUCACAGAUUUUUCUUUAGAGUUGUUUUCCUUGAGGUAAUUUGUUUCAAGUAUUUUCAGAGUUUGCUGUUUGCUUACUUUCAUGCCAUAUUUGAAAUGAGCUUUUUUGAUGCACAGUAUUUGAAUGAACAUCAACAGAGUGUAAGCUGUUGCAGCACUUUAUAUUUUGAUGCUUAACCAGUAGAUGUGGCAUGAAAUCUAUACUGAAUGAAAAAUAGCAGGGAUGACAUUUGAAAGUGAUUGCCCAAAUUGCCCUUCCAAUCGGUUUUGGCAAUUAAAAAUGUUUAAUAAGGUGUCUUAGAAGCAAAUCUCUUUUAUUUUGGAAGUGCAAUUCAUUUUUCCUAGGUAGGAUUAUUUUAAUACUUCAUCCAGGAAAUGAGCAUACA